AUGGAAAUCAAGAAGCCUGCGUUGCGAACAGCAGCAGGUCUUCUGGAAUGUUGCUCUGGUCUGACGACCUACGGCUCCAGUUACCAAACGAACGGAAACCAAGUAGCAAUAAAAACAGAUACUACAGAAAACGAUGAUAGCGAAAGUGAUAGGAGUGCUGAUAAAAUUAUUGAUAAUGAUAAGCGCAAUGAUAACAAUGAUGAAAGAUACAAAAGUAGGGGGAUGUUGUCCUUAGCAAAAAAAGAGGGCGAUGACGUUGAUGCAAAGCCGCCUAGUGUCGAUUCCGCUGGCAAGCAAGCGGAGCGUAUGGUACAAGCGAUUCCAGAUUUGGAUUGUCCAGAAUUACCAUCAUUCCAACACCGUUUUUCCCCAUCGGCUCACAAAAUUCAGCAGCGAAACCAUGAGUUUUUUACCUGCAGGCUAUUACACAACUCAUCAGAUAGUGGUGUUAAUUCCGCUUCGGAUACUAGCUUCCAAGAAGAAGCUCGGGAUACUACCUCCGGCUCUUCUCAAGAAAUUCAUGAAAAUUCGGGUCUUACCUCGUUUACGCGAUGCUUUAAUCAGCGACCAGAAUUAGUGGUUCCAACAGCAACAGUUAUCCCAAAUCCAGAUUUCACCGGGUUUACAUCUGAGUUUAACGAUCAAGAAUCAGUAUCUGCUGACACUUGCGACUGUGAUGUCAGUGCCAGCUUUGAAAAGAAUGAUUCAAAUAAUUAUGAUACGACACUGAGUGAAAAAAGACCACGAAUAGAGCGUCCCCGAGCACAUUAUCCGAAUUCAGCUCGACGUACUUCUGCUCCGGCAUGUCUCUGGUCCGCGACUUCACUACUUACUGUCUCGUUCGCCAGUUUGCAGCCGAAUCAAGUGUCUUCACCACUCCUCGAUAAUUUGACACUACUUCACAAACUACUGGCGAAACAACAAAUUAUCCAUGAAAAUGUGGCCACUAUGAAUAAUGAGUCCUGUAGUGGUAUCCAUGAUGUGGAUACGGCUGCACCGAUGCUAGAGGCACCGCCGGUACCAACAAUACCAACUUUCUCAGCAGCUGCUCCACCACCACAACCAGUAAGCUCAUGGGAAUGGCUUCGAGGUCAGUCUUUCAAGGAAUCAUAA